GAGGCCACGAGACUCCUCAUUCUUCCCUCUUUGAGAUAUCUAGACUUCUAAAGUGAAAUUGUCUAGGUUCGAACCACCCAUCUGCUCUUACCCCUCCUCGUUCAUUUCCUCAUCCUCAGGUCUAUCCUUCGCUUUUGCGGGUCUCACCAUGUCAAUUCUUGAAAGGCUCAAACAGCUCAAUGCCCAUCUUUAUGGCCUUAACCGGCCGCCACAUCCAUUCGACCCAUUGUCAAACACAGAGAUCGAAUAUGCCACUGCUAUUGUUCGCGAGAAGUACGGCCAGCUCAAAUACAAUGCCAUCACUUUGAAUGAGCCCCUAAAGAAAGAUAUGCUUGUGUGGCUAGCUGAUGAGCAGAACGCACUGAGGCCUCGGCGGAAGGCAGAGGUCGUGGCCAUCGACAGGUCAUUCGCACUUUACGACGGAAUCGUGGACUUGAUUGAUGGAAAGGUGGUCGCAUGGGAGAAGUUGGAGGGUGUCCAGCCAAUGGUAGGCUGCACCGGAAACCCUUUUCAGAAUGCGCCAGAGUAAAAACCAACUGAUGCAUCGCAAAUAGAUCACUAUGGAAGAUCUGCAGGCGACUGAAAUACUCGUGCGCAAGGACCCGAGGGUUAUCGAACAGUGCCUGAUCCUGGGAAUACCUGAAGAGGAUAUGCAUAAGGUUUACUGUGACCGUAUGUUUUCUUCCUCGGGAUCAUUGCGAUGAAUAAGGAAUUGACGAGAGACUUUAACGCAGCAUGGACAAUUGGGUACGACGAGCGGUUUGGGAGCGAUGUCCGUUUGCAGCAAGCGCUAAUGUACUACCGUCCUAAUAUCGACGACAUGCAGUAUGCAUACCCACUUGACUUCUGCCCGGUGGUCAACACGGAGACCGGCGAGAUCAUUCAGAUUGAUAUCCCUGGUGUUCGCCGGCCAGUCAACACCUUCGGCAGUAACUACAAUCCUGCAGAUAUUGAGAGAGAGGGCGGCUAUCGCACCGAUCUGAAGCCUCUGAAUAUCACCCAGCCGGAGGGUGUUUCCUUCGCCAUAGAUGGGAGGAAAAUCAGCUGGCAGAACUUCAACUUUCACAUCGGUUUCAAUGGCAGAGAGGGCAUUGUCCUGAACAACAUUACCUACAAUGAUAAGGGAAAUGUUAGGCCCUUGUUCUAUCGUAUAUCAUUGGCAGAGAUGGUAGUGCCAUAUGGCAAUCCGGAGCACCCACAUCAGAGGAAGCACGCCUUCGAUCUGGGUGAAUAUGGGGGUGGUUACAUGACGAAUUCGCUAUCGUAAGAUCCUUAAGCCUCUCCACAUCCCAAAUAUUGGCUAAUAACAGCCCCAACAGUCUUGGCUGCGAUUGCAAGGGCUCAAUCCACUAUCUAGACGCAAACUUCUCCAAUAACGCCGGAGCCGCUGUGACCAUCAAGAAUGCGGUCUGCAUUCACGAGGAAGAUGCGGGCAUUCUCUUCAAGCACACCGAUUACCGAGACAACUCCAUGAUAGUCACUCGUGGGCGCAAGCUUGUGGUUUCGCAAAUCUUUACCGCCGCCAAUUACGAGUAUUGUGUAUACUGGAUAUUUCACCAGGAUGCGACCAUCCAACUUGAGAUUAAACUGACGGGUAUUCUGAACACUUAUGCUAUGGGACCCGGCGAGGACACAAAGGGAUGGGGAACAGAAGUCCACCCGGGGGUUAAUGUCUGAACCCUAACCCUCCGUUUCUCUUGUCUCAAACUGACGUAUGUCUUAGGCGCACAACCACCAACACCUUUUCUGCCUUCGUCUCGACCCCCAGAUAGACGGUCAGAAGAAUACCGUAUUCCAAGUCGAUGCGACCCCCAGCGCCGCUCCGGUAGGAAGCGCCGAGAAUAAAUACGGGAAUGCUUUCUACGCCAAUAGGACAAAAUACACCAAGGUGGGGGAAUCCAUAUCGGAUUACGAGGGUUCGACAACUAGGACUUGGGAUAUUUGCAACACAGACAAGAUCCACCCAUACUCUGGGAAGUUCACCGGCUAUAAGCUCGUCUCCAGAGAGGCCCCAAAAUUGCUUCCCAAGGAAGGUAGUCUUGUCUGGAAACGCGCUGGAUUCGCGAGACAUGCAAUCCACGUCACUCCUUGUAAGCAUAUCCCAUAGCUGCCCAGCUCGCACCCUCUAACCCAUAACUUGUACAGACGCCGACGGCCAACUCAACCCCGCCGGUCGACAUGUCUGUCAAACCUCCGGCGAGCCGUCCCGCGGUCUGCCAGAGUGGAUAGCAGACGGCAGCGCAAAUAUUGAAAACGAGGACAUUGUCGUCUGGCACACCUUCGGCCUGACACACUUCCCCGCCCCGGAAGACUUUCCCGUCAUGCCGGCAGAACCACUGAGCCUGCUUCUCAGACCGAGAAACUUUUUUUUGAGAAAUCCAGCCCUGGACGUCCCACCCAGUUACUCUUCAACACCAAGCCAAGUUGCUUCGCAGUGGAAGGGCGUUAUGGAUAGGUCGGACAAAGCGAGUAAGCUGGCAUUUGAGCCUGCGGGGGGGUGUUGUUCGGGAGGAGGGCCGGGAGCGGCAAGACCAGUGAACAAUGUGGGGCCAUUUGUGUUUAAGAAUUUGGAGUAAGGUGCUGUGUUUGGAGAGGGAUGUUCCUUUCUUAUAUGUGGAUAUUAGGGUUAUUCUUUAUUCCCUUGAUUUUACUGCUAGUGGUUUCCUCGCAUCCAUCCGCGAAGAAGGCGAAUGCCAUAGCAGAUGUUGGAUAGUUAUCAUAUUUUUCCUUUCCUCUCCCU